GCGGCAUUUAAUUUUUCUCACUCGCGUAUUAUAGAAUAUGUAUAUGUGUAUCGCGUCGUAGUAGCGUCGUAGUCGGGUCAUUGAGCUGAUUCUCGCGGUUGGGUCGUGAUACAUAUCAAUAUUUAUUUCGCGUAUAUCGCACAGUAGCAGUUAGCAGUAUAUAAUAAUGUACCGAGAGCCGAAAUCGAUACACGGCUGAACGCCGUGUAGAUAUCCUGCAGCCGUAUGUGAGUGAUGAUGUACCCUCGUCGUGCAUAUAUGUGUGUGCCCGCGUUGUAAUCAUUGAGAAAUAGAAAUCUCUCGUGCUGACGAUAACAGCCACAAAUACCUGUCUGUAAAAGGAGAUAUGAGAAAACUCUUUCCAAACUUGCAAAAUGGUUUUAAGCAGAAAUGAUAAAAGAAAGAGGAAGGAAGGAGAUAUUGUGGAUCUCAUGGAUCCACUCGCACAAGGUCCUAAAAGGACAAAGUUUCAAGCACAAAGAAAAUUUGCAUCGGUUCAAUGUAGUCCAGUUGUAUCACCUGCAAAAGAGCCACAAGAAAAAACAAAAGGUCAACCUGUCUGCAAUGAAUUAAUAACGCAUAAAAGGCCUAAUACAGAAGAUUUCCUCACAUUCCUUUGUUACAGAGGUACAUCAAUACUACCUCCAAGCUUAAACUUUUUCAACACUAGCCCAAAAAAAGAAAAAUCUCAAAAUGCUGCCAAGUCAGCAAAUUCAUCUAAAGUCAGUACUGCAAGUUCUAAGCAAACAAACUCAACUAGUGUUACGAGUUCUUCUGCAAAAAAAGUAGUACCUGUCAAGGAGAAACCUGUAGCAAAGAAAAAAGAUGUGAGCCCUCCAAAACCAAUAAAGCUCAAAACAACAAGUACUGCUGCACAAGCAUUGAAGAAAAAAUAUCAAGAGCAGAGACUGAAAAAGCUGAAACCAACUAGUAUGAAAACCCGCUCUAGAGGUUCUUCUGAUCCACCAAAACCCAUAGCCAAAUCAGUUAGUCAAAAAAAAGUAGUCAUUCCUAAAGUUGUAAAAAGACACUCACUUCGAAGUAAUGUAUCGCUGGAAACAGAAACUGUAAGUCCUCCUGCGAAAAAACAGUCAGUUUCUCAAUCCAAAAAGAGAUCAUCAAAUUCAAAAGAAAAUGAUGAUUCCGAGUCUUCCUCGCCUAAAAUUGAAAAGAAACCAAAAGUUUCUGUUGUCAAGAGUUUGCUUCAGAAAAAAUUGGUCAAAAGUCAAAAAGUAGAAGAAGAAAAGAGAGUUACUCGAUCAGCUCCAAGAUCUGUAUCACCAGCGAGAAGACCUACUAGAAAAACUAAGGAAGCUGCAGCAAUUUAUAUGGAGAUUUUAGGUAGAAAACUAGUUGGUUCCGAUUUAGAGAACGAAGACAACAUGUCGGUUGAUAGUUUCCCUGAAUUGCCAAAUGCCAGAAAAACAGCACAAACUGAAAAUGAACUGAAAUUAAAAAAUAGGGGUUCAAAAACUAGUAAGGAUAAGGAAAAACAAGAUGUAGCGAAGAAAGAAGAAGAUUCGAAAGAUGACAAAAAGAAGAAGGAGAAUAAUAAAACUAAAGAAAAGGAUAUACCAAAAAAGGAAUCUAGCGUCAUCAGUGGAAGAGUAGCGAAACAGAAACCUUCCCCUGGCGUAUCUCUUCGAAACAAACGUUUGACGAGGGAGCAAAUCAGCGAAACCAUCAACGAUUCUAAAAUCGCGAAGCGAAAGAGUCUCGGCUCGGUUUCACCCCUGAAAUCGAAACGCACGGCCAGGGUGCACAAGUAUUGCGAGCUCGACAGCGAGGACGACGAGGAAUCGUUCACUUCCGAGGAAACGAGCAGCGCAGCGACUCCGGCCCCGAAGCCGGAAGUUAUCAAGACUCGAAAAUCGGCACCGGCAGCUGUCCCUUCCGCCGCGACGACGGAUAAUAACAAAAAGAAGGAGACGACGACGACGACUCCGCGCUCCUCUCGAAGCAGUAUUACGUCCAAGAAAGCGACGACCGCCGCCGCCGAUGCCUUCGCGAAACCGGCAAAAACGACGACGGGAACAGCAGCCGCGGCGGCGCCAAAGGAGAUGCCGAAGGAGACGGCGAAAGCCACCAAAGACAACAAGCCUAGCCCGGUAAAACGUAGCAAGGAAAAAGACAAAGAGAAGGCGAAAGCCAAGAGCACCGCCAGCGCCAAAGCCGCGGAGGAGUCCGAGGAAGAGGAGAGCCUCAGCUCUUUGAUCGACAAACUCAAGAAGAAAAAAGAGAGCGAAAAGACGAGCAGCCCCGCUGCUACGACAACUUCACCACCUGGCAGUAAUAAAGAGACCGUCGCUCAGGAGACGACGACAACGGCGACGAAGAAGAAGAUAAAGAGCAUACUGGACGUGAAACUGCCUCAGCGCGGCGCCGAGCUGAUGAAGAAAUUCGUCUCCGACGACGAGGAGUCGUUCCGGGGCUUCACACAGCGCUCGAUCAACGGCGCCCACGCCCUCCUCGACGAGGCCAUCGGCACGAAGAACCCAUCCAUACUGAAGACGCACGAGGCGAUGAAGGCCCAGGAGACCAACAAGAAGCCCGACAUGAAGGCCGUGUUCGGCUGCGUACUCGAGCCAACCGCGGCGGCAGCCGACAAGGUCGUCGUCGUCGGGUCGUCUUCUUCCUCUCCCACGACGACAGCCGCCAAAUUAGCACCAAAAGCAGCAGCUGCAGCAGCAGCGGUGACGGUAGGAACGAGCAGCAACAGCGCAAUAAUCGUCGGUAACCACCACCGUCACCAUCCCGUGAAAGUGGAGUCCGACGAAGCGACGAAGAGCGCGAGCGACACGCUGCUACCGCAGCAGCAGCAGCAGCAGCAACAGCUGAAGGUACGGCCGCAAUUGCGCCGCAGUAGUAGAAAUCACUUAAGUGACUUUACUAAUCCGACAUACGAUAUAAUGUGUGCAUUGUAUGAAAAAUAUAAACAGCCGCAGUCGAGAUGCGUCGGUUCGAAGCUGACUUCGACGACGGUGACGACGACGACGACGAUGCCCAAUUGCGGCAGCGGCGGCGGCGGCGCACCAGCAGCGGCGAACGUGAUCGAGAUGCCGUCGUCGAUGACGAUGAUGAUGAUGUCGAGUCACCACGGCCAUCGCAAGGAGCGCGUCAACAUGUCGACGGAGCAGAUCGAGAAGUGGCUGAACGAGUCGUCGCUGGCCAAGGAGGAGUCCAAGGUCGAGAUGGAGAGCGUCGCGUCGUCGUUCAAGUACGAGCCGCCGCCGAUCACGACGGCGACGGCCACGUCGUCAUCCUCGUCGUCGGCAAUCGCGGCUUCGCUGCCCGGCAAUAAUCAUCAUCAUCAUCAUCGUCAGCAUCAUCAUUAUCAUCAGCGUUAUCAUCAACAACAACAGCAACAACCAUCGCCGCAUCAUCAGCACGUGCACUCGCUGCCGAUCGUCACGACCGGCCACCACCUGUCCAUCUCGCCGAGGAUACAGCACCUCGUGCGUCCGGUCAACGUCACCCUGUCCAAGCUCUCGGACAGACUAAAGCAUCAGCCGCCACCAGCGGCAUCGGCCACUGCCACGGGCUCCUCCUCGUUUUACGGUAGAUCCUCGUCGACGACGACGACAACGACGAUCGGCGGAAAGGUUACAGCGGCCACGAAUACGACGACGUCGACGACCACGACGAUCGCCGAUUCGAGCGGCAGCAUCAGGUCGCUCUCGACCGUGGCGUUAACGUCGACGACCGCAACGACGACGACGAAGACGGCGAUGGCGAAGCCGGCCAGCAGCAGCAGAGGCAGCAGCAAAGAGACGACGCCCACCAACACGACCACCGCCGCCUCGUAUCAGAGAAAGAUGAGCAAAGACUCGUCUUUCGGCGACGAGCUCGCGGACUGCGACGCGAUCUCGAAAUCGAGCGCUGCCUCGGUGGUGUCCGACUCGCUGGAGAAGAAGUCCCUGGCCUCGAGCCCGGACCGGAAGGUCUUCUUUCCGCGUCGCAAGGCCUUCACGCGCGAGCGUCGACCCCUCGUCGCCGCCACCACCACCACCACCGACACCACCAACGCCAAGGCCACCGAUGCAAACGCCAAAUCUGCUGCAGCAGCAGCAGCAGCAGCGGCAGCAAUGAGCGGCGGCGCAGCGGCUUUUUCGCCCGAGAACGAGAGCAGCGUUUAUGCCUUCGAGACGGAGGCCGAGCAACCGCCCGUGCAGUUGCCGCUCAACGCCUCCUUCCGCAGGAAGUCCAAGGAGCAGCUGUUCGCCUCCGCCAAGUCGCAAAACGGUGGUAUCGCGAGCGAUAAGAAGCAGGCGUCUGCGGACCAGGCCAAAGAUGCCACCGCCGCCAAGAAGAGCGCCGACUCCAAGACGACGGCAUCAGCAGCAGCAGCAGGAAAAUCGAGCAAGCAUUUAAACUUGCCGCAGGAAGCUCGGAAAAGCGCGGCGAGCAGCAGCGGCGGCAGCAACAACUCCCAGCAGCCGACUACUCCCAAGACAUUCGAGCUUCCGAAAAAUUUCGCAGAUCUGACCAACAUACAGGUGUUACCACUCGACAAGCUAACAACAAGCUGGAGCGACGUAAACUGCAGUGCCUCGAUUGCUGUCCAGGUGAAUCUGGACCCGCAGCUGCAAAAAAGCGAAAAAAGCAGCAACGGCAGCAGCAGCCACGUCGUCGAGGCAGCGGCGUCGUCGUCGUCGUCGACGGCAAGCGUCAAGAAGAGUCUCGGGGCUGCGUCGUCAAAGCCGUCGACGAAGGGCGGCAGCAGCAGCAGCAAUUCUACAGUCACCGCCGCCGUCGCCGGGGCAGGCCGAGAAAAGACAGCAGCAGCGGCAGCUGACAGAGGCUCGAGCACGUCGUCGUCGUCCCGAACGCCAGCAAAGUCGUCAACGGUGGCGGUCGUCGACCAGAGCGAGGACCAGACGACGACGGACGACGACGACAACAGCAGCGGCCAGCUGUUCUACAUACCGCUGCAGGCGGUCGCGCGCAACUGCUCCGCACAGGGCGGACAACAACUCAUCCAAGGUGUUGCUGUGAAACUGGGCACUGAGGGCCCGCAGGGGCCCAAUCAGAAGGUCCUGCUCAAGGCCAAGCUGGUGACCAAGCCGCCCGUGACGGUGGCGCGCUGUCCGCCGAUCGGCACGGUGCAGCCGACGGCGAGGGUCACCCAGUCGAGCGGUAGUCAACAGCAGGUGCCCUCGACCUCGAGCGUCGGCGCCACCACCACCACCACCGACGCGGGCUUCAAGACGCCCAAAGACAGAGUCAUGAAGACGAUCGUCGACAGCAAGCGAAUCCACAAAUCUCCGACUCCGGAAAAACUCGUAAAAUCCACUGGCAAGACUGCCGCGAGCAGCGGCGUCGAGCGCAACAAAGUCCCGGCCGACGGCAGUGCGAAAACGUCGAGCUCGAAGAAGCCGUCGUCGAAAACGAAGCAGGACCACUAUCAGCCGGUGAACGCCACGUCGUUCCCGUGCACGCAGGACUCCAAGGAGAACGUGAAACUGGUCGAGGCGCCGAUCUUUCGCCCGAGCGAGAAGGACUUUCAGGAUCCGCUCGAGUACAUCGACAGGAUACGGCCGAUCGCCGAGAAGUUCGGCAUCUGCAAGGUCGUGCCGCCCGCCAACUUCAAGCCCGAGUGCAAGGUCUCGGACGACAUGCGCUUCACCGCCUACAAUCACUACAUCCAUCGCAUGCUGAACCGCUGGGGGCCGAACGUGCGCGAGAUGAUGGCCAUCAAGAAGUACCUGGCCACGCAGAGCAUCAGCCUGACGCAGGCGCCCUGGAUCGGCGGCAUGGAAGUCGAUCUGCCCUAUCUCUACCAGACGGUCCAGACGCUGGGCGGUCUCAAGGAGGUCAUCGAGAAGAAGAAGUGGCAGAAGGUCGCCGACGGCAUGAAGAUACCGCGCUCGGCCCAGGAUCGCGUCACCAAGAUCGACGACAUCUACUGCAAGUAUCUGCUGCCCUACGAUACACUGUCGCAAGGCGAGAGAGAAAAGCUAUUCAAAGAAGUCGAAGCCGAUUGGGUGAAAAAGGAAAGCAGAGCCGAACGCCGAUCCAACGAUGAGUCGGACGGCGACGAUGACGAUGACGACGACGACGACGAUGACAGCAGCAGCGAAGAGAUCGAAGAAUGCAUCGUAAAAGGCCGGAACAUGCCGCUGAACGCGUUCUAUCGGAUAGCCCGCAACACGCAGCGCAUGUGGUUCGGCGAGCGCCAGUGCAGCCCGAGCGGCGAGUCGGAGGGCGCCUCCGCGGCCGAGGUCGAGGCCGCCUUCUGGAAGCACGUGGUGGAGAAGCGCCGCCACGUGUGCGUGCACGCCGCGUCCAUCGACUCGGGCGGCCGGGGCUUCGGCUUCAGCCAGGCCAAGAACUCGCCGUUCGCCCGCCACCCCUGGAACCUCAAGGUGCUGACGAAUAACGCGGGCUCGGUGCUGCGCGCCCUCGGGCCCCAGAUGGGCGUCACCGUGCCCACCCUCCACGUGGGCAUGGUGUUCAGCACCUGCUGCUGGUAUCGCGAUCCGCACUGUCUGCCCUGGAUCGAGUAUCUGCACACGGGCGCCAAGAAAAUCUGGUACGGCAUACCGGACACGGAGAGCGAGGCGCUGCGCGACACGCUGGCGCGCAUGUUUCCGCGCUACUGCAAGAGCACCAAGAUCUGGCUGCCCUCGGACACGGCCAUGGUGCCGCCCGACAUGCUCGUGCGCAACGGCGUGCCACUGUGCCAGACCGUCCAGGAGCCCGGCCAGUUCAUCGUCGUCUUUCCCAAGGCCUUCACCUCGAGCAUAUGCACCGGCUACGUGGUGAGCGAGAGCGUCUACUUCGCGCACCCGUCCUGGCUCGACACGGCCGAGCAGGUCUUUCAGGAUCUGCACGACAGCUGCGAGCCGUCCAUGUUCUCCUUCGAGAAGCUGCUGUUCAGCAUUAUCAACGAUGCCAAAACCAGUACCGAUGUACUUAGACAGAUUUUACCCAGCGUCAGUAGAAUUUAUAACCGAGAGGUCGAGAAUCGCCGAAAGCUCAGAGAGUUGGGCCUUGCCAAGACGGAAAAAUUGCCCCUGCCCGAGAACGACAAGAAAGCCAAGAAGAAGGCGCUGCAGGAGGAGGCCGAUUACGAGUGCGACACGUGCCGAGCCAAUCUGUACGUUUCCUGCGUGAGCAAUCCCACGGAGGAGGCCAUAUUCUGCCUGGCCCACGCGAUACCCUACAUAGAGAGGAAGAAGAGCGUACUGAAAAAUUGCACCCUCAUCUAUACUUACAGCGAGAACGAACUGAGCGAUCUCAUUCACAAGCUGAAGAGCAAGAUCGAAGCCAAAUCCAAAAAGACUAAUCAAACGAAGCAGGUCAAGUAGCGUAGCUAGCGAUGAUUCGUACUUUUAGACGAUGUAUAUUGACUUUGGAAGAGUUAACUUGUCGAAAACAAACAAAAAAAAAAACAAAUAGUUUAUUAGAGAAUUUCUAUAUCCAUUAUAACAUUGAUUAUGAAUUAAGAUUUCAGUGAUACGAGAUGUAACUGAACACGAUAAAAAUAGUUAAUUAUCCAUUUUUAGGCAAAAAAGGACUUUCGCGAGGAAGCAGUUCGUAAUAACUCUCCUCCGUAAACAAUAGUCGUUCUGUGAAUAUGUAUUAGUCAAUUUUACACCGUAGAUUUUUUAAAAUAAUUUUUCGAUGUCUCGGGUAAAUUUUGUGAUGAGAGAAUUUUGCCAUCUCUUUCACUUCAAAUACAACUAGACUGCUUAAUUAUGUAAACUCAUAAAAUUAUGUAUCAAUUGUAUAUUUGUUUAUAUUUUCAUUUACAUA